AUGCUCCGGGCGCUGCCGCCGCUCCGCGCUCUGCUCGGGGCCGGCUCCGCGGGGCGGCCGCCCCGGCUGCCUGCGCUCAGCGGCUUCUGCAGCGCGCCGGCGGCCGAGGGCAGCGCCGGCAGCACGCUCAGCGUACGACCAUCCUUUGGCUUUCUCUUUGACAUUGAUGGGGUGCUGGUACGAGGCAAGACUCCAAUUCCUGCUGCAAAAACAGCCUUUCAAAAGCUGGUGAAUUCUCAGGGACAGUUCUUGGUGCCUGUGGUGUUUGUCACCAAUGCAGGGAACUGCCUUCGCCAGGAAAAAGCUGAUCAGUUGUCUCGUCUACUGGGAGUUCCUAUUUCCCAGGAUCAGGUGAUGAUGUCGCACAGUCCCCUGCGGAUGUUCAAACGUUACCAUGAGAAAUGUGUUCUUGUAUCUGGCCAAGGACCACUUCUGGAUAUUGCUCAAGACCUUGGUUUCUGUCAGCCCAUUACCAUUGAAACACUGCGGGAGAAACAUCCUCUGCUAGACGUAGUUGACCAUGACAGAAGACCUAAUGUUCUGUACCCCUCUGCUGUGGAGAUUCCCAAGAUCGAGGCUGUUGUUUUGUUUGGGGAGCCAGUCAGAUGGGAAACCAACCUCCAGUUGAUAAUAGAUGUUUUGCUGACAAGUGGCUAUCCUGGAAAUCCCUAUCAGCAUGAAAAUUACCCUCACAUUCCUGUACUGGCUUGUAACAUGGAUCUGAUGUGGGUUGCUGAGGCUCAGUCUCCCAGGCUGGGACAUGGAACUUUCAUGGUUUGUUUGGAAAACAUUUACAAGAAGAUCACUGGCAAGGAUUUGAAAUAUGAAGCCUUAAUGGGCAAACCCAGUAAGCUGACCUACCAGUAUGCAGAGUACCUCAUCCGGGCCCAGGCUGCAGAGAGGCAGUGGAAGCAGCCCAUCCAAACUCUUUAUGCUGUCGGAGAUAACCUCAUGACCGAUGUCUACGGUGCUAACCUUUACAAUCGCUACCUUCAGGAGAGCUCCAGGAAAGGCUCCAAAUCCCGGAUGCAGGCCCAAGUCACUGGUGGCAGAGGAUCUGCCACACUCUCUCUGGAUGAUGAAAUGGGCAGCAGUUGGGAGAACGAAUUAGCCUCUGCAGCAGCUGCCCACUGUAGGUCUGUUCUGGUUUGUACUGGGGUGUACAACCCUCACACCGAGGUCCCCUCGGACACCCGAGAGAGCAUAACUGCAACAGUGUUCCACGGCCACAGAGAUUUCAGAUUUGAUCCUGCCUUGGUAGAACCAGAUCAUAUUGUACCAGAUGUUGAUGCUGCUGUAGACCUUGUCUUCCAGCUGGAGAACUUUGCACCUCAUUGAGAUGAUUUCUUAAGGACUGCUCAGUGCUGUGCUUCUCUUCCCCAAAAAACCCCAAACUGUGCAUUAAGGUCCUGCCACAAACUGCUGCUUUCUAGGGUUUUUAACUUUUAAUACAAUCUUACUUUGAGUGUACUCAGUAUACUUAGGUAUAUUAAUAUACUUACUACAUUAAAUAUCAAUAAUGCUUUUUAAACUGCUUUGGAAGAUGUUGUUUCAUGCUUUAGUUGCCCUUUGUUAGCCUCCUAUACAUGAUGUUAGCUAUUGUAAUAGCACUUUUUCAUAGUGAUUUAUAGCUGGUACUUCUAUUUCCACCUGGCAGUACCUUCUUCUGCUGGAAGAUUUAGCUUCUAGGUAUUGGGGAUCUUGAAGAAUGUUGGUUUGUGGUGGUCAUUCCCACAAUUAUAUGGUACAGAGCACCACUGUUACAACGUGUUGCUGCCUGUAUUGUGCAAGUUAUGAGUGCUCCUCCAAAUCACAGUCAAGUUGAGGUCUGUUCUGCUCCUUUGUAUUCGCUCACAUGUAACCCUGCAGCCUUUGUUUUUUGCCUCUUUUCCACAUGCCUGGAGCUGCAGCUGCUCCUUUCUGCUCUGAGAUGCAAAGCCUUAAUAGAAAUGCCCCUGUGAAGUGGAGAAGGCUGACCUGUUACCUCCAUUUCUGGAGCUCCUACUCAGCUGAACGCAGACAUGUAAGGAAAAUGGCUA